GCGGGGGGCGCUGAGGGGCGGCAGGAAGGGGAGGCCUUUCUCUAGGCAGGAAGCUGCGCUACGGAAAGAAGGAGGAGACUGCAGCAGCAGCAGCAGCUGGUGGGAGCCCGAUGUGGCCGAGUGGCUACCGCCGCUGCCGCCAACACGGAGGUGGAGGUGGGGACACGGCCGCCAUUCUCUUCUCCUGCCUGCCUCCCUGCUAGACAAGCUCUUCGCCUGAGGAUUCUCUCCUCCCAGAUCUUCCAAUCAUCAGGCUCGUCGCCUGCUGAUCCUCUUCCCUACAGGCUCACAGCGGAGGCAGCAGCUAAGUGUCCGAUUUGGGCACGUGAGGCCCGCGAUCCCAGGUCGUGGGGAGGUGGGCGCUGGACUAGAGAACUGGAGGAUGGGGGUCGGUGGGUGCCAUGCUGGAAAAUUGGGUUCGGUACUGAUCUUGGCGAUGAGGGUGACUGAGAAGGGUGAUUUGGAGACCGAGGGUGUGAGGCGGGAGGAUCCACAGUACCUGGAUGCUAUACAAAAGUGGCCAGACAAAAAAAUAUGAAGACCCCUCACAAAAAGGCAGCUGCAGGGCAGCAAACUGGGGAAGCUGUAGAUCAUCACAUCAGAUCUGCAAACAUAAGGAAGAAAAAGACUUGUCAAAAGAAGCAAAGAGGAAGACCUUCAUUCCAGUCCUGCAUGAAUAUUGUGGGCUGCAGAAUUUCACAUGGAUGGAGGGAAGGCAAUGAGCCCAUCACCCAGUGGAAAGGAACCGUUCUGGAUCAGGUGCCUAUAAAUCCCUCUCUUUAUCUGGUGAAAUAUGAUGAAAUUGACUGUGUCUAUGGACUAGAACUUCACAGAGAUGAAAGGAUUUUAAAGCUUAAAAUCCUUCCUGAUAAGGUGCCGUUUUCUCGAGUUAGAAAUGUGCGCCUUGCAAAUAACAUAAUUGGUAAAGCUGUGGAACAUAUGUUUGAGGGUGAGCAUGGUUCUAAGGAUGAAUGGCGGGGAAUGGUCUUAGCCCAAGCACCUAUCAUGAAAGCCUGGUUUUAUAUUACGUAUGAGAAAGAUCCUGUCUUGUACAUGUACCAGCUUCUAGAUGAUUAUAAAGAAGGAGACCUCCGUAUCAUGUCAGAGUCCAAAGAGUCUCUUCCAGCAGAGAGGGAGCCAGAAGGAGUUACAGAUGGCCUGAUAGGUAAACAUGUGGAAUAUACCAAAGAAGAUGGCUCCAAAAGGACAGGCAAGGUCAUUCACCAAGUCAAAGCCAAACCCUCUGUAUAUUUCAUCAAGUUUGAUGAUGAUUUCCAUAUCUAUGUGUAUGAUUUGGUGAAAAAGUCCUAACUGUUAGGUGAAAAUUUGCCACAUUUGUGGAGGCAUAUUAUGAUCUGUAAGCACAGAAAAAAAAUGUUAUUCUUCAGUGUAUUGAAAGCUUAAAGGUCCAUAUAAACAUUUUUGCCAGCAUAACUGUUAUUUUCUUCUGAAAAAUACAAUGUAUGUGAACAUGACAUACUAUGUGUAAGGAAGGAAUUUGUCUUGUUCAAAAGAUUGGGUGUGUUUGGUGGAUGGGGCAUGAAAGGAAGGAACAGCUGUAAAUUCAGGCUGUGAAUAAAGUUCAGCUAGUGUCAUAAUCAGUCAUCUAAAAAUGGAAUAGGACUUAGCUGGUCUGGUCUAGGGAAGGGGGAGAAGGAAUUAGACAUGGGCUGUGGGGGAAGAAAAAAGGGGAGAUGACUGCUUAGGAAGAGGUGGGGAGGUGCCAGAAGUGGAGAGGCUCCUUGAGGGGAGGAGUGGCUAAGAGGGGGAGGCACCCAACUGGAAGGGGGUGAAGGAUAACAGAGGAGAGUGAGGUCCUGGGACUUAGAGGAAAACAGACAGAAUAAAUUGAGUAGAGAGAUGCAAAGAAACUUAGAAGAGGUCCAGAGCAAGGGGCAGAAAGGCAAAGUUGGCAGGAUCUGGGGAGAGGCCAAAGGAUGCUCAAUGGGAGGGGCCAGAAGGAGAGGGCCACUGAGGAAGGGGUACUUCUAAGAAGAAAGACCGGCAGAGGGAGCAAGCAUGCAGAAAAAGAGAUGUAAGGAGUGGGGACCGUGAGGCAUGGAAAGGCCCAGGAAAAAGUUGGACUUCUGGCAGUAUCCACAGUGCCCUCCCUGGCUCUGUGCACAAAUAAUGUGGCAACUGUCAAAUAAGCCGGAUGGAUUGGAGGGUCCCUGGAAAGGCAUUUUGACAGGGAUGACUCAAGACUUAAGCAGGAGACAAGUUUAUAACCUUAUAAGGCUUUCCUUUUUUCAGGGAGUUAUGCCACAUCUGUUGAACAGACCUUCAGUCUUCAGUGUACACACUAACAUGAUGCCCAAUAAUCAUGAGGCUGUGGGUGGCCUCCCCACAUUUCCCAGAGAAUGCAGAUGCAAUACAUCUUGGACUUGAAUAUGUUGGAUUAUUUAUCCUACACUAGAUAAGCAAUUCUUGUGGGGAAUGGGUCAGUGGGGCACUCAGAACUUAAGGGAUGUGCCAUCUUAAACUUGUAUUUUUGGAGAAAAAUGGAAUCUUGCUGAACCUACAUACAGCAGUCCCCUCACUGUUCAUCCUCCUGCUGGACUGUACCUUGUUUUCAUACAGAGGAGGGGUAUCAGAGGAUUGAGCCUUAUGAUUCUAACCAUAGCAUGGAGGCAUACAUACAUGAUAGUCCAUGCUUCUCUCUGCUGUUGCCUGAAACUACAGAUAACUCCACCCGGUGCUCUCUACCACACAGAGGCCUACUGUCCCCAGAAGCUCCAUCUGGCUAUAUCUUGACAAAGCCUGUGACUGCUGACCCUUCCCAGGUACAUCCUGGCCACUCUUGUCCACUCCAAAUGCACAAAGAGCUUGCUGGAAGUUUGUGCAGCUUUGUUUCCAGGUGAGAUAGGUGGCAUGGGACAGUGAAGCUGGCAGUUGUGACUGUAUAACUAACUCCUUCAUCAGUAUAGUGCCACAUAGUGGAGUGAUGGUUGAUGGCAAGAGAGAGUGGUAACCCCAAUAAAGUCCCCUAGAGAUAUGGUUUCCCAACACAUGGAUCUGUGUCCUCUGCCACUCCUCCUUGUCUUUUCCCAGUCUGGCUGUGGAAGUUCUCUUCAAAGCCUUCUGUCGGGUUUCUCCACCACCCAUAUCAGAAAAAUAUACCCCUGCCCUUAAAGAGAGAAUUCUGAUGAUUACCCACUUCCCAUGCUUCCCUAACUCCAUGCAUAGCAGUGGGUGGGGGAAGCAGGGAGCUUCCAGGAGUUGAAAGAAUUUCAUAAUUCCAGUUCAUUCUCUGCACACAACAAGACCUAAGGCUGUUAGCCUGAAGAAUUUCACAAAGCAAACCCACCUCACCAUAGCACGGAUUAUUUUUAUUUCAUACAUCACAAAACUUAGUUUAGAAAAUACCUGAAGGCCACUCAUGGGCCAGUUUCAGCCAGGUGUCAUGUUUUGUUUGGUCUUCAUGUUUUUAUUGUUUUGUAUUUUAGAAUUUGCUACUUAAAUGUUUAGGAGAUUUCAUAUUAUAAAAAUCCAUAUUUCUGGAUAACCUGAAAAAACAAAUAAACAUAGUAAACUAGGAUCAGAACCCACAUUCCAGUAAGAGAACAAGCAGCUGGGUCUGAGGAAGAGUUCAGCCCAUUUUAGACUCAGAAUGCUCUCUAAAGUUGACCAUGUCCCGAGCUGGUAUGCUUUACUCUAUAAAAUGCCCAGUUUUCCCCUGGAGGCAUUUGCAUUUGUGGCUUUGGGCUACUUGCAGCCCUCCUUUUGGGUUACAUUGACCUCACUUGCUUUUUAAUUUAUUUUCUUCAUCUUUAUUCCUCCAAUACUUAUUUCAAGUGGGCUGGUUCUCUUCUAGUCAGUCUUCUAAGCACAGAUAUCUAUGAUAUAAUAAUGAACAAAAUAAAUAAAAUACUCCUUUCCUCAUGGAGCUUUCAUUUUAGUGUGGAAGACAGUAGUCAAGAUACAAUAAGUCAAAUGUAAAUUAUUUUCAAAGUGAUAUGAAUUAAGAAGAAAAAAUAAAGCAAGUCAUAGGGAACUGAGAUUCCAAGAGGAGACUGAAAUGGGUAGGAAGGCCAUGAAAGGUCUCACUGAAAACAUGGCUUUUGAGUAUUAGACCUGAUGGUAGUGAGAGAACUGCCCCUGUAGCUAUCUGGAGAAGGAGCAUUUCAAAUAGAGAGACAACAAGUGCUGUGGUCCAAAGAUGAAGUAGGCCUGGCAUGUUCAAGAAAUACCAGCAUGGCUGGAGCUGAGGGAGCAACAUAGAGAAUAUCAGAAAGUGAGUUCAGUAAGGUGAGGGGGCUCAGGGAGAAGGACAUAGCUUAGCACCUUGGAUGUCCUAGAACAGAAUUUGGCUUAUAUACUCAGUUAGAUGGGUACCAAUUUGAGUAUGUUAGAAGAAUCCUGAUACGUGACUCUUAUUUUAACAGGAUCACUCUGGCAACUCUAGAGAGUAGUCUAUAUGGGGUUAAGGAAAGAAAAAAGCACAUCAAAUAUACCAAUGAAACAAGAAAGACCUAGAAACAGAUUUUUAUAUAGGAAACUUGAAUCAUAAUAAAGGUGACAUUUUAGAUGAAUAAUGAAAAGAUGUUUUAUUCAAUAAAUUGUACUGCAUUAGUCUGUUUAUUCUAUGGUAAAAAGUAAAGUUUAACCCCUUCAUCAUACCCUAUACACAAAAUAAAUUCCAAGCGGGGAAAAAAAUACUGAUACUUAAGUUUGGAAAGUAACACUGAUAAAACUUUUAGAAUAUAAAAUGAAACAGAAUUUUUGUGUUUUUUUCCUAUGGAAAUGGGGAAGAUUUCAUUUAAAGGCAAAUAAUGUACAAGUAAUGAGGGAAAAGCUUGAUAAAUUUGGUUAUAUAAAAAUAUGCAAAACCCCUAAUUUCAAAAACCAUCAUAUACAAAGUGGAGUAAAAUGAGAAAAAGACACAGUCUAUAGAAAAUUAGGCAAAAAAUGUAAACAGGUAAUUUACAUGUAGACCACAUGGUCAAUAAAUAUACAAUACCAUAAUCUUCUCCCCAUUACCUCAUUGUACUUUUUCCAUAACAUUUCAUUUUCCCACAUACUAUAUAAUUGACUUAAUUAAUGUGUUGUUUCCCUACUAGAAUAUAAGCUCUGAAAGUGUAUGAUUUUUCUUUUGACACUCACCAAUGUAUCCCAGGUCCUUAGAAGAGACCUGGGUAUACAGUAGGUGCUUAAUAAGUAUUGAUUGACUAUAUGAAUCCACCAGAAAGAAAAGAAAAAGUAAAAUAACAUGAUUUCACACACAUCAGAUCAGCAACACCUGUGAAAUCUGAAAAUAUGUAUUGACCAAUUGAACAAGUAGGGGAUCCUAUAUGUUGUAAUUCAGAUAGUUACUGUAGUUACCCUUUUUACUGACAGUUUAAGUAAGAAAAAUUUGCCAUAAUCUGCUGAGUUUAAAAAUGUGUUUAAAACUGUAAAUUUUAAAUGUGUUAAAAAAUGAGUUUAAAAAUUUCCAGGAAUUUCACUCAGAUAUUGUUGGAAGACAAUUCUUCAUGUGUCUUACACAUUUCUGUAAUAUAUUUGUUCUAGCAAUAUAUUUUUUCUUUUAAGCUAUCUUUUGAGAGAUGUUUGGAUGGAAAACAGUUUUGGAAGAUAUAGUAUCUCUCUGAAGUAAAGAGCAGGUUUGCUUAGAGUCUUUGGAAGAUACAGUGAUUCCCACUGGGGGAAAAGGCAGGAAAUCUUAUUCCAAUAAAAUUAAAAAAAUGUCUCCUUCAAGGCAAAGGGAAGGGAUGCUUACUGCCCAUUAAAAAGUUUGAGGUUCCCAAAAUGAGGUUUCCUGUCUCAUCUACUUUAUAAGUAGGUGAGGUGUCAUUUCACUUAUUUUGCAUUUUGCAUCACCCUGUGGAAAGUGGAUUUCAGGCUUCUUGAGUAAAAACGCUGAUAUUCAAGCUGUUGCUAUUACUGUGAGUACUAAACUGCCCUUCAGUAUUGUCUCUGAACUAGAUGUCUCAUGUCUUUUACUGGCAUCCAAGAAACUGUGGCAAGCUACCUUGUUGGCUCAAAAAUAGGGGAAAUUUUCACAAUCUUCACAGUUGAUACUUGUAGCAAUGAGGAUUGGAUGUUGACUGAGACAUGACUCCAUGAGAAGAAUGAAGGUACCUCCAUAGUACUGUAAAACAUCUCCUCAUGGUUGGCAGUCACAAGCCUCAAUCUCAACAGUACAGGCUGUGGUAUCACACAUAUCUUAGGAAGAAUGGCUAAAAACCUUCAACAACAUUCAGGAACUGGCUUGCCAAGCAAUGUUUUUCAGCACUAUGUAGGUAGACAAUUUGUGGGUAAAUUACAAAAAUCAGUGGUGAACAUGCAGACAAACUAUGAAAAAAAAGUCCUCCCUCUUUUAAUGAGAAGGAAUUAGGGAAAUGGUGGUCAGGAUGAGAACUGAUAGAUCCCUGUCCUAAAUGGUUUCAAAGUCCAUAUGUACCUGUCUGAAUGUGCUGAGGAAUUUUGGCAAAGGGAGAGAAUCAAACUUCUGUGGCUUUGUUAGAUAUAAGACACUAUGCUAAACAGACCAGUAGAAGGAAAUGGCAUCAAGCAUGAGCUAAUAGGACUUUAGCUGGGUUUACAGUGGGGAAAGGAAGCCAAUAUGACCAGUGAGUGAAAACCUUUUUGGCCAAUUCUGUGCAUGUAGGUGUUAUCUCUAAAUCUAAACAUAUAGUAGGAAUGGAUGCUUAUACUUUCUUGCUCCCUAAGUGCCAGAAGAUAUUCAGCCACAUGUAGAGAAUUGUUAGUGGGACACAUAAAUCAUUCUCCCACCAGCCUCCCUGACCCCUCUUGAGUUCAGAGAAUUCCAAGAAGAAAGUAGAAAACCAUAGCCCAAUUUAGAGUUAAAGGAAGCACAGGUUGUUGGAGGUUCAAGUACACCCAUGUGCAAAAGUCUAAGUGAUAAGCCAGGCGAAGAAAGACAAGUACCAAAUAAUUUCACUCAUAUGUGGAGUAUAG